AUGCAAUCUAAUAGCCUAUCGACACCACAAACAACAACUCCUGACGAUAUAAGAGUGCGAGAGUCGGUCCCAAACAGCUCUUCACUGGCAACAAGUCGUGAAAGUGGAGGAACACAACUCAUUGGCACCACUGAGACCAUCGAUGAGACCAUGUCUAGUGUAGACCCGGGUAUUCUGUGUUUCCAACACUGCAACCCUAAGUCCAAAGUGUUUUGUCUCGAAUUACCCGACUAUUGUCCGCAAUGCGAUUCUCCCAUGAGUUGUAUUGAGUUAAAAAUCCCACCGUUUUGUGUGCCAUUUCCCUUCAUUUGUGCCAAACGGACUCAAUGUUCGGUCAUUAUUAGGCCCACCGAUGGAGACUUCUUGCAUCACUACCAGAAUGCGGCUGAUCUUCACAUUGGUUUGACGGACUCGAAGGGAGACGUCUAUGAGUUUGACAAAUACGGUCUUCAGUCGGCGAACCGGAGUUCGUCGUGGAAUCAAUGUCUAAGCGUUCCGAUUGUCACCGAAAUUGAUAACAUGUGGAAAGACUAUUGGGAUUACACGUUACAAAUCGCAUCACAACUCGAUCGAUGGCAACCCAAUCAGUAUUCAGAGGACAGCAAUAAUUGCUAUUCAUUUGUCAUCACGUUUUUGAGAAUGCUUCGCGUCAAAGACCUGAAGCCAUCAUUGAAUAGCAAAACCCAAUUCUGCAAAGAUUUUAUUGUCCCGCGAACUAAAAACGCCGCCAAAUAUAUCGCUCUCUAUCGACGGGUGGUUAAGGAAGGCAUUUGUGUCUUAAAUACAACUCAAUAAUUUGUAUUUAUUGUUCAAAUACUGAUGUGUC